CUUCGCAUAAUCCUUUUUAACAGUUCUCUUCUACAAGCGCUAGAUCGCGUCUGAGCCCUAAGAGGAACAAGCAGCCUAACAUCCUUGAAAUCGUCCCAAUCCACCAGUUGCUCAUCGUUCACAUGGCUCGAAUUCUAUCGAGAUCCACUCGCCAGUUAUAUAGCAGUCAAUGCAUUCUGCAACCGCAGCAACAUGCGGUUCCAGCUCGCUUCUAUGCCAAAGAAGCUGCACCUAAAGCUCUCAAGGGCGAUGAAAUGUUGAAGAAUAUAUUUCUUGACGUGAAGAAGAAAUUUGAGACAGCUGUUGGAGUUCUCAGGAAAGAGAAAAUUACUCUUGCUCCUGAAGAUCCUGCAGCAGUUGAUCAGUAUGCCAAAGUCAUGAAGACUGUCAGGGAAAAGGCCGGUCUGUACUCAGAGUCUGAGAGGAUUCAGUUCACCAUUAAGUCACGAACUGAUGGAAUUCAGGAUGCUCGGUCUUAUUUGUUGGUCUUGAAGGAUAUUCGUAUCAAGAGAGGCCUUACUGAUGAACUCGGUGCUGAAACUAUGAUGAUGAAUGCACUUGAUAAAGUUGAGAAGGAAAUUAAGAAGCCACUUAUGAGGAAUGACAAGAAAGGGAUGGCUCUCUUGAACGAAGAAUUUAACAAGAUAAACCAAAAGCUCGGCAUACGCAAGGAAGACUUGCCUAAAUACGAAGAACAGUUGGAGAAAAAGAUUGCGAAGGCACAAUUGGAAGAGCUGAAAAAGGAUGCUCUUGAAGCAAUGGAAACACAAAAGAAAAGGGAGGAGUUCAAUGAUGAGGAAAUGCCGGAAGUGAAGUCGUUGGAUAUUCGAAACAUGCUCUGAAGCGCACCGGAGUUUGGUUCAAUAAUUCUGUGCUCAUUUUGAGGCUUUUGGCUUUAUUUAAUUCUUGUAACGUUUGAAGAAGAAGAAGAUGAUGAUGAUAUGAAUCAAGAGUAGUUGAAUAAAUGUUGACUUUUGAUUCUCACCCAACUUUGUCAAAUCUGAAACCACAUUUGAAUGGUUUUGUAAAAACUCACUUUUUUCAAGUUUAAAGAGAGGGAUGGAUUUGAUUUGAAUCCUAGAUUUGAUGU